AUGCGAUUUCCCAACUAUAUCGUCGCUAGUUCAAGUUCCGGUUCGAAAAAUGUAGCAAUGAAGUCUGCAAGGGAGGAUGAACCAUGCAAGAAGAAACCAGCUAUUGAUUUGGUUUCAGCUGUUGAACAGUUUCAUAAACUAAGCUGUUCGGAUCUAAGCCAGCUAAUGAGGGAUUCUGAAAAUGGCCCCAUUCGAUAUGCUAAAAGCAAUGGAUCAUUGUUUGAGAUAUACAUGGAAAGUCUAGCAAGAAAUCUUCCUGUGCACCUUAUUUCAAAGCUUCUAUUAUUUAAACGAGAUGAACAGCAUCUCAAAUACUUAUUAUCCGGGGUACGAUUAUUUCAUGGUUUGCAUGAUAUUGCUUAUAGCCAUUCAAAACUUAGGCAGCUUCUGUUUGAAGAUUCGAGUUCAUCAGAAUGUGUUCUUGAUUUGAUAUUUUUCAUCACUGUUUUUCUUAGCAACUUUAAGCAGAAACUUAAUCCUCCAAGCAAUAAUGAGGUUCUUUAUCACUCGACAUUAUUGGCUAGCACUUUGUAUCUCUUUAAAGCAUGUAUAUCUUCACAGUGGCAUGACAUUACCAGGGUUAUACUUGUACACCCUAAGGUUGAUGUAUUUACGGGUGUAGCUUUCCCCUCUGUCGGUGUGGUUAUUAAUUUUCUUCAAGUGAAGCUUUCAGCUCAACAUACUGACACUUACAAUGCUGAUGAAGUCUACAGUUUCUGCCUGCAUUGUGAGGCUUCUCUACAGUUUAUUCACUCACUUUGUCAGCAAAAACUGUUUCGUGAAUGCGUUGUUAAGAAUAAGGAUCUUCGCAAAGAAGGUGGUGUUCUUUGGUUGGUUCAAGACGUAAUGAAACUUCCACAAUGCAAAGACUCUCAUCUUAUGGUGCUGGUUUCUAGGCUAAAAUCAAAGAUUUUAUCAAUUAUGCUGCAACUUUGUGAAGUGGAAAGCAUUUCUUUCUUGGAUUUGGCUGCAAGCACCACUGAAGGCUUGGAUUUAGCUAAGUCUACUAUAUCUGAGGUCCUUGAAUUGCUAAAUAUCAUGUUUUGUGGAGGUGUCAAUGGUGUUUCUGCUUACAAUCCAAGGGGGAUUUUGCAACUAAAUGCAAUGCGACUAGUUGAAAUAGUCUCUGAUGAUUCUAAUUUCCGAUCUUACAUAGUCUCAAAUUUUACAGAGGUUUUGACAAGAGUGUUUUUGGUACCACAUGGAGAAUUCUUGUCUACAUCUGGACAGACCUCCUAUCCCUUUGCACAUCAAAAAACAUCUUUACUGGUCAAAAUUGUAGCUAAUCUCACCUGUUUUGUUCCAGAUCUCUGUAAAGAGGAGAAGGAUCUCUUCCUUAACAAGUUUUUUCAGUGCUUGCAAAAGGAACGUUCUAACUUACCAGAUGGAGUUGCACAUGGUGGCGGUGCUAAAAGAGCAGCUGCAAACCUGAGUUCCUUAUUGAUUCAUGCUGGAUCUUUGACUAUUUCUAGAUACCUUAAUAAAGAUGAUGUUAAACUCCUUAGGUUGUUUGUUAUGCAAUUGGAGGAACUAAUUAGUCGUCAAGAAUCCAAUAUCCACCAAGUCAAGGAGGUUCAUAAUAGAUCUAUACCUCAAAGAUCAACUCCAGAUGGGUGCAAGCGAAACGAAGGGAGUGGUGCUUUAAGGGGAGUGGAUGAGAGUGAGAGAGAUGCUACAAACAUUGAAACAAUCGGAUCAUAUUUAUCCAAUAUGCAGUUAAAGAAUAGAAGGAACGAUGUUGAAGAAGUUCCAGAAGAGGAAACUUUUAGAAGUUUGCAGCUAAAGAAAAGGAAGCGCAACAUAAUGAAUGAUGUGCAAAUAUCCAUGAUUGAGAAUGCUUUACGUGAUGACCCUAAUAUGCAGCGGAGAGCCGCCUCUGUACAACUUUGGGCUGAUAAAUUGAGUCUUCAUGGUUCAGAAAUCACUUCUUCCCAGCUAAAAAAUUGGUUAAAUAAUCGGAAAGCGAAAGUAGCACGUGCAGCUGCUAAGAAUACUCCUGUAGGUGUAGGUGUAGGUGUAGGUUUGUCAGGUGGUGGGUCGGUAGCAGAUCAUGUCUCUGACUCACCCGGGAGUCCUGCUGAUGAGCCAUCUUCAUAUGAACCUGACCACACCCAGCAGAAAGAUGUGUUGAGGAGUUGUUUUAGGCUACAGAAUGGACAACAUGUUGUCCUGUUUGAUGGGAAAGGAGAAGAGAUUGGGAAGGGAAUCAUACAUCUUGCAAAAGGGAUAUGGUUUGAAACAAAUUUGCAGAAAUCCGGGCUGUGUGUUGUGGAUGUUACAUAUCUCAAAGUCGAUGAAAACACUCAUCUCCCACACCCUUGUGAUGCUACUGGCAACUCAUAUGCUGAGGCGCAAAUGACAUUUGGAAGAAAAAGGAUACUCUGGGACUCCUCCAAACUUCUCUUCAUCCACCACUUGCACAAUUAAACUCUCUCUCUCUCUCUCUCUCUCUC